UUGCUCUGUGAAGGCAGUGAGUGACUGGUUAUUUUGGAGGGUGUAAUAUAGCCAGCCUUUAUUAGUAUUUAAGGGUUUGAGCUAGCUAGACAUUCUGCCUGAGUCCCCACCUUCAUUAGACGGCAAGCUUUGCCCCUACUUCAGUUGGAAAAAUGAGCCCAACCGACGCUAAACGAGGAGCUAAGCGCAGGAAGAACAAGCGGGGCGGUGGCAGCAGCAGCUGCAGUAGCACAGUCAGCAGCAACAGUGGAAAGGCCGGGGCUCUAGCCACGGCCCGGAGUCCGCAGGCUGCGGGAACACCCGCCUCUGUCAUGGGCUUGCUGUCAGCGGGAAGCACCGGGAACAGCAACCCGGCAGCCAUCACGGGCCUGAACGGAGAGUUUACUCCUUGGUUUGGCGGAAUCCCCUCUCGUCCCGAAGGAGACAGUCGGAAAGGGUCUGCGUUGGCCCCUGCGCUGGGCUCCUUGGAAGCCCCGCCUCCCUUUCCUGCUUCGGAACAGGUUCCGGUGAACGGCAUACAGUUCUCUGAAGGUCCAGUGAAUUCCGAGUUUACAGGAGUCAUGCAGACCCCUUUCACGUUCGGGCUGGGCCAGAGGGCCCCCUACACCACGGGAGAGCGCUGCCUGCUGUGCCGCAGCGAACGCAAGGACGGCCCCGUCUCGGACGGCGGGGUCCCCGGCCCGAACGGCGCCCCGCUCUCGCCCUCCCCGAAAGCCAACAGCGUGCUCCAGCUGCCCCUGUGGGUGUGUCCCGACUGCCGGAGGACCGUGGAGAAGGAGGAGAGGCACGCCGCCCUGGAGCAGUCGCUGGGGAACCAGGACUUCCUGCUGCACAUGCCCGUGGGGAGCGGGACGCUGGCCCAGGAGGCCGGUGGGGGCGGGAGGCUGGCAGGCGGGGCGCAGGUCCUCCCCACGCCCGACCCCAACGCCGCCCUGCCCCCCGACACGCCCUGUAGCUGUGAGGCCUGUAGUGAACGAAGGGAGAUUUCGGCAGAGUCCGAGAGAGAGUCCCAGCAGCUGCAGAACUACUGGUCGGAGGUGCGCUACCUGGUCCGGUGUAUUUACCGGCAAACGGGAACGCCGUUAGCAGACGACCAGGACCAGCCUCUGGAGAGAGACAAGGAAGGCAUGAAGGAGCUGGUCGAUAGGCUGUGUGAGAAGGACCCCUACCAGCUGUACCAGCGCCUGGAGCAGCAGGCGCGGGAGUACGUGCUGGAGAUGAAGGUCCGUCUGCUCAAGCACCUGUCGGCCGGGUCCAAGGGGGCGUCGGCCGUGCAGGGCCCGCCCCAGGCGCACCAGUUCAUCUCGCUGCUGCUGGAGGAGUACAGCGCCCUCUGCCAGGCUGCCCGCACAAUCAGCACCUUCCUCCUCACGCUGGAGAGCGAACAUCUCCAGAAGUUCCAGGUGACGUGGGAGCUGCACAACAAGCACCUUUUUGAAAACCUGGUCUUUUCGGAGCCCAUCCUGCACAACAGUCUACCUGCUCUGGUAGCACAGCUACGGCAUGGGACGGCCUCCCAUGACUCGUACAGCGAGGACAUGUACAGGACGCUGCUGGAGAGCUACCACCAGCUGGACCAGGAGAUGAACGUGGUGGCCGUGGAGUGGCUGGAGUGCGAGAAGCGCAUCGACGACUACGUGGACGAGCAGCUGCUUUUUAAGGUUGAAGGGCAGAACCACACCAAUCAAAGGACAGAACCACAUAAGUCAUUAAUAAGCAAAAAUAUGUCAUUGAAAACUAAGCAGCGCAUGUUGAAAGAAGACUGGGAAUUCUUUAAACAAAGAAGAUUCAUUGAAGAACAGUUAACAAACUGUAAAAAAUCACUAGCAGCUGACAGCAACUUCACAGACACGAUGAGGCAAAUGCUGUCGUCUAGGCUCAGUAUACCAGAUUGCCCUAAUUGCAAUUAUCGAAGACGGUGCACGUGCGAUGACUGCAGCCUGUCGCAUAUCCUGACGUGCGGGAUCAUGGACUCCCCGAUCGCGGACGACCUCCACAUCAAGCUGCCCCUGCAGCCGGAGCCCGCCUCAGACUACCUGUCGGAGGUACACCCGCCCAGCAUGUCCUCCGCCAGCUCGGGCUCCGGCUCCGGCUCCAGCUCCCCCAUCAUCACUGUCCAGCAGCACCCCCGCCUCCUCCUCACAGAGAACGGCCCCGCCCCCAACUUUGACGACGACGAAGUGCCUCAGCUGUCCGCCAAGUUGGCGGACAUCUACCCGCUGAACAGCUACGAGGAUGCACAGGUGGCGGCCGGCAUGAAUGGGAUCCACGGCGACCUGAACGGCGGCGGGGAGAACAUGGCGCUAAAGGACGAGUCUCCCAGGGUGAGCAGCAGCAGCAGCUCCUCCGAGGCAGACGACGAGGAGGCGGACGGGGAGAGCAGCGGCGAGCCUCCAGGCCCCCAGGGGGCGCUCUCCUCAGGGAAGAGGGUCACCACCAAGGAGCACCCGCGGAGUGACAGCCCCCCUCCCUCUUACCCCCACCCACAGGCGGCGCCGGUGCAGCACGCGUGUGAGUGUCACGUGUGCAGCCAGGAGGUGGCGGGCCUGAGCCCCGGCCGGCCGCACGCCGCCCACCAGUUCUUCACGGAGAAGACCUCCCACCCCGCCCUGCACCUGUACCCGCACAUCCACGGCCACACCCCCCUGCACAACCUGUCCCACCUGCCCAGACCCCUGCUCCACCCCACCCUCUACUCCAACCCACCCCUCACGCACAGCAAGACGCUCCUGCCUGCCCCGACGUCGAACCACACGGGGGGCAAGCACCAGGCCUUCACCCCCCCUCUCCAGGAGCAUGUCCUGCAGAACUGUCUGGGCGGAGGCGGCGGGGGGGACUGGAACAGCUCCCUGCACUGCCCCUCGCUCAGGUUCGAGAACAUCUGGGACACCAACGUCAUGAAGAACUGGAACCCCGCCAUCUUCCUCCAGGAGCCUCUGUCAGGUGACAUGCUGGGGUCCACUCUACCCGAGGCCCCCUUACCGUCGCCUGGCAACGAUCCCACGGUCCCCGCGGAGACCAAGGAGAAAAAGAACGGGGCGAAGAAGAAGUGUCUCUACAAUUUCCAAGAUGCCUUCAUGGAGGCCGGCAAAGUGACGAUGGCCACCUCCUCGGCCACCUCGUCCGUCUCCUGCACCGCCACCACUGUCCAGUCAAGUAAUAAUCAGAUCAAAGUUUCAUCUAAAAGAGCCGCUUCCUUAGGUGAAGUCUUUCACAGUAUGGGUAAAGAGGACCACAGGCACCUGACCCCGCUCGCCCCUCGGAACAGCCCCACGGGCCUGGUGUCCCUCACACCCCUCCCCGCCCCAGCGCUGCCUCCCGCCCCCAGCAUGGGGCCCCAGCCCUACCCAAAGACCGCCCCUGGCUUCAUAGAUGCCCAUCAGAGCGCCUGCCCCUCCUCUGCGGACUCCCCCUCCGCCCCCGCCGAGGGCCCUGUCAGCGCUCCCCCCAGCGUCUGCAGCGACCCAGACUGCGAGGGCCACCGGUGCGAUGGCGGCGGGGCCUACGACCAGCAGCCCUACGACGGGGAGGAGAGCCCGGAGGAGGACAGCUGCUCCGAGCACAGCUCCUCCACCUCCACCUCCACCAAUCAGAAAGAAGGAAAGUACUGUGACUGCUGCUACUGUGAGUUCUUCGGCCACGGCGGGCCCCCGGCGGCCCCCACCAGCAGGAACUACGCGGAGAUGCGGGAGAAGCUACGCCUCCGCCUCACCAAGCGCAAGGAGGAGCAGCCCAAAAAGGACGACCCCCUGCUGGAGCGGGACGGCGUGGAGGACCACCGCAAGGUGGAGGACCUGUUACAGUUCAUCAACAGCGCCGACAGCAAGCCCGCCAGCAGCUCCAAAGCGGCCAAGCGGGCGCGGCACAAACAGAAGAAGUUGGAGGAGAAGGCCAGGCUGGAGGCGGAGGCGCGGGAGAGAGAAGAGGAGCAGCGGCGGAGGGAGGAGGAAGAGGAGGCGCUGAAGCAGGAGCUGCUCCGGCUCCAGGAGCUCCAGCAGCUCAGAGCCGCCAAAAAGAAGAAAAAGGACAAAGCCAAGGAGGUGCAGAAACCCGCCCCUGCCCCCGCCCCAGCCCCCAUCACCACCCCUCAGCCCCUGAAAGAGUCAGCCCAAAACGUCCUGGAGAACCUGAAGAACGGGAAAACGCAGCUGCUACACAACCUCAUUGGACUCCCCAGCACCCCAGAGCUCACCCCUGCCCGGCCACACAGCCCCAGAACUGGGAAGGAGGGUCCCCCUGAGGCCCCUGCCCUCCCCGAGGCCAUGCCCCAAAGAGAGCCCAACAGUAACGGCAAGCCCAAACCCAAACAGCCCGCCGCCAAGGUCGUCACGGAGACGGCGAAAAAAUCAGACCUCCAUAAAGGCGUGGAGGCGGCCCUGAAGGCCGUCAACGGCACGCCGGCGGAGCCCAAGGCGAAGCCCCGUCCCGUCGAGGAGCCCGCCCCCGAGGCCAAGAGAGAGGAGAAGAACGGGGGCCUUGCGGGCAGGAAGCAGCUGAACCACGUCAAAGAGGAGAGGGCGCCCCCUGUGGCCGAGCCAGCACCUGCGAUGGAGCCGCCACAGCAGAACGGCAAGCCAGCCAGCGCCGAGUCGCCCCAGCCCAAAGGAAAGGCCCGCAAGAACAAGAAGAAGAAGGGAGAGAAGAUGAACAACUCCAUAGACGACGUGUUCCUGCCCAAAGACAUCGACCUGGACAGUGUGGAGAUGGACGAGACGGAGCGGGAGGUGGAGUACUUUAAAAGGUUUUGCUUGGAUUCUGCCAGACAGACAAGACAACGGCUGUCCAUCAACUGGUCCAACUUCAGCCUGAAGAAAGCCACGUUCGCUGCCCACUGACCCCACCCCCCCAAACCCCCCGGUCCACGCGAAGAGACUGGCAGGAAGCAAUCACCCCCGGACAGACUGCCUCGCAAACAAGCCCCCUUUGGCCUGGAGCCACCGCUGCCUUGCCUUGUCCUUGUUGCUGCGACGUUCCUGUGGGAACCCACCCCCUGCAGAACCGUACGAAAAAAAAAAGAAACAAAAAAA